CCAAAAGAAUAUAUGUUUUGGCAUAACUAUCAUUCACACCCCCACAAAUACAUAGCGCUGAGUCAUCGUGCCCGUAUAUGAAGAAAAGAAAACAGAGUUGAAAGUUAAAAACAAAAUGACCAACUUUUUCUUCUGCCUCCAAUUCCUCCUAUUAACCACUGCUUCAUCCUUAACUCAUAUCUCAGGACAGACAGUUCCACCACCACCACCGACAUCCGCCACAACUCCACCGUCCCGCGCGGCCCAAGAAUUCUUGGAUGCACAUAACAAGGCAAGAGCUGAAGUGGGUGUUGGCCCUCUGACAUGGAGUCCAAUGUUAGCAAAAGAAACUAGCCUUCUUGUUCGUUACCAAAGGGACAAACAAAAUUGCAGCUUUGCUAAUUUAACUAAUGGCAAAUAUGGUGGCAAUCAAUUAUGGGCUAGUGGAAUGGUGGUGACCCCACGUAUGGCCGUCGAUUCUUGGGUUGCUGAGAAGAAAUUUUAUAACUAUGCUAAUAAUUCAUGUACAGGGAAUGAUAAGUGUGGAGUUUAUACACAAGUUGUUUGGAAGAAAUCGAUAGAAUUGGGUUGUGCUCAAGCUACUUGUUCUAAAGGACCUGCUACUCUUACUGUGUGUUUCUAUAAUCCACCUGGAAAUGUAAUUGGAGAGAAACCUUAUUGAUCUGCAAUUUACAUGAUUUUGUAAUGUAACUUUUGUGUAUUCAAGUUUCUAGCUUACAAUAAGAAGCACUCUGUUCAUUUUGCUGGUA